AUGACUGAAAAAGCAUAUAAUUUAAGAGAAAGUACAGAAGAAAGUCUAACAAAUACUGCACAACUAAAAGAAGACGGUCCUCAAGAUGACGACUCCACGGAGAGCACAACUAGUGAUAAUCCCAAUGAAAAGCCUCCUACAAAAGACCGUAUUCAAAAUAAAGAAUUUAAUGUAGUUGAAAGAGACCCGAUGUUUGUCAUAGUGGACUCAAGCUGUCAAAGCAACCCAAGUUCGAGAGAAAUGUUGAUAAACAAUAAUAAAACACACCUAAAAGAAACUGAAUUACCAAAGUAUUUGAAGAAAUACGUUCUCCCAAUCGAUUUACCAUCAACAAGUAAAGAAAUAAGAGAACCAUAUAAUUCCAGUUGCAACGAAACAGAAUCUAGAGAGGAAUUACAAGUAAUAGAUAUAAACCUUCAAAGUGAUAAUGAGCUGCCCGUGAAACAUUAUGAAAGCGAACGAGAAGACGAGUCUAUAGUUAUCGCAUACCUUAAGAAUAAGCACAGAAUACUAGGAAAAGACGGCCAAUUAUUGUCAUCGAAAAAGAAGUCUUCUUUAUUAAGUGAUUUGCCAAAAUUGGAGACUAUACCAGAAAGUGAACAAUCAACGGCUAUUAAUGCAUCAUUAAAAUUAUCUGAAAACUCACUCGAUGUCCACAUUCCAUCAUAUCCCUGCUCUCCAAGAUCGCUUGACUUUGGUUCUGGACAUUCCUACAAUUCAGAAUAUGAAGAUCAAAGACACGAUCCACGUUUGAAAGAAGCGAUUGAGUUUCUUCACGCUGAUAAAGAUUUAUUGAUUGCUGCUGAAACCGGAAAUGAUCCACAAAUUGAUAUGAUUUUAAGGAGGAAGGACAUGGAUAUUCAACAAAUGGAUCAUCUAGGAAGAAACGCUCUCCAUCUUGCUGUUUGUUCUGACAAUUUACGAGCCAUUGAGCUGCUUCUAAAGGCCGGUGUUAAUCCUAACGUUAAAGAUAGCGUUGGUAUGACUCCACUGUCGUUAAGCUUGUUCCGACGGCCAUCUUUAACAGUCGCAAAGCUUCUUUUUAAUUACGGAGCCAAGAUUAUGCCACGUUCAGAUCCAAUGGACACUGGACUAUUUAUACAAUUCGUUAUGAUGUCAAGUCCGACAAGCGAAGAGGAAAAUAUAAUGGAACUUCUCAUAGAGAAAGGAGCUCUUGUAAACGAUCCUGAUGCUCCAGGUGGGCGACAAGCUUUACAUUUUGCAGCCAUGAGUAAUAAUAGUAGACUCAUACGCAUUCUUGUGCAGUUGGGAGCACAAUUGUAUUAUACGAACCACAGGAAUGAAACACCAAGAGAUACAGCAUUUACUUUCAAUUGCACGAUGGCCUACGAACUUUUAACGGAAAUGGAGGAAUAUGAAAACGAUAAUCCACCUGUACAUAUCACUAGGCGAAGGACUAGCUAUUUUUAA